UCUGUCCAUCUGUACCUCCAUCCACACCUUCUCUCCAUCUUUACCUCCGUCCACACCUUCUCUCCAUUUUUCCUCCGUCCACACCUUCUUUCCAUCCACACCUUCUCUCCAUUUUUACCUCCAUCCACAACUUCUCUCCAUCUUUACCUCCGUCCCCACCUUCUCUCCAUCCACACCUUCUCUCCAUCUUUACCUCUGUUCUCAUCUUCUCUCCAUCUUUACCUCCGUUCUCAUCUUCUCUCCAUCUUUACCUUCAUCCACACCUUCUGUCUGUACCUCCAUUUUCUCCAUCUUUACCUCCAUCGACACCUUCUUUCCAUCGACACCUUCACUCCAUCUUUACCUCCAUCCACACCUUCUCUCCAUCCACACCUUCUCCUCAUUUUUACCUCCAUCAUACACCCAUUCUCUCCAUCCACACCUUCUCUCCAUCUUUACCUCCAUCCACACCUUCUCUCCAUCCACACCUUCUCCCCACGUUGUCCUGUGUUCACACGUGACAUCACUUCCUGUGCAGAGCUUCCAGAGGUGUUCCUGCUCCAGAAGACGCCGUCCUCUCCGGUCAGCUGCAUGGCGACAGGUUUCUACCCCGACGGUGCCGACCUGUUUUGGAGGAAAGACGGCGAGCAGAUCUUCGAGGACGUGGAGCACGGAGAGAUACUCCCCAACCACGACGGAACCUUCCAGAUGUCGGUGGCGCUGAAAGUGGAGGUGACGGCCGACGUGGAGGGCAAGUACGAAUGUGUGUUUCAGCUGUCAGGCGUCAAGGAGGACUUGGUCACCAAGCUGGAGAGAAGAAGCAUCCUGAGCAACGCAAGCCAUGAAGGUGAGAAAGACACAUUUAGUUGGAGAUGUUUCCCAUCACAAGUCCACCUGUCACCAUUAUUGAUCCAUGUCACCAUGACAACGCUUGACGUCUGCAUGCAAAGUAGUCAUGAAGGUUUCCUCUUCAUGCUUUGUCACUCCACUUGUGCUUUUUUGCUCUCCACAGACAACUUGAGCGUCGCCCUCGCUGCCACGGCGGCGGUCCUCGCUGUGGCGGCCAUCAUCAUCAUCAUCAUCAUCAUGGUCAUGGUCAGGCGUCACAGAAACAGACAAGGUGAGGGACGCCAAUGUCCUCUGUCUUCUUCUUCUCGGUGCACUCGGUCCAGGCCGUGAGUUGAUGCUUUCAUCCGGGCUGCAAAGGUGCGGCCAUCUUUUAGUUGCCUUCCAGCCAAACACUCAAAGAUCCACAGAGACAGAGCGCACACUCUCACGUAGAAACACGGCGUGACGUGAGGGGAAAAGUCCACUUCACCUUGUUUCUCUUUCAUUUCAGCCCAGUACGAUCCAGCUGGUAAGUAAAACAUCUUUUCUUUGAGCCGCAAGAAACAAAGCCGUGGUGAAGCGUCACUCACAUGGAGGUCUGAUGUGGACCUUUGUUACAAGUUUAGCCGGAAAAGCCCAACUGGAGCUGACUCCUUCACAAUAAAAGUCCCUCCUGUGAGCACACGCAAUACAAAGUCUGGCAUAUCUCACUUUUGACAGGAGUCCUCAUGAUGAGGAUCAGCCAAAUGAGACAUCAAGUGUGCUGACUCGUCAUGUUUCCAAGUCACACCUCAAAGAUCUGAUGUGAGUGACGAGGCACCUUCUGGAUGUUCUUCCUUCACCGUUUGCGUUUGUCCCGCAGCUCGCCACGGCGGCGUGGAGCUCGACGAGAACGUGCAGGCGGCUGAAGGCUGAGUAAGCUCACAUGGACUGUCUGCACCUCCAAAUGUUCUUGUGUGAAGAUGAUGUUCAACUUGGAUUCACCUGCUUCUGUCGGGAAUGUGCUGAGUGGUCUUCUUCCUCCAGGAUGCUUUGUGCACUGGAACACAGGGAGAUGUCUCCAUCGCUGAGGGACGUCAUCACACUCGGAGAUGAGAUGGAGAUGUGCUUUGUUCUUCGUCCGACUGCUCCUCACGCUAUUCCAUGUAUUCUUCUUUGGCCGUUAAAAGACUUUCAAGAUCAAACGUUGGUGGCUGUAAAAUCGCACGUUUCAUGGCCUUGACGUCAUGACGAGGAUUUCUUCUUUUCUUUCAAUGGCCGCUGCUUAUGAUCAAUAUCACAUUGUGUCACAUCUCUGUCAAUAAAUCCGUUUUUUCUCCA